CUCCUCUCCUCCACAUUCAUCGGACUCAUCUCCGACUCUCCUCCUCCCUCCAUGCCAACCCCAAAUCCCUUCCCUCUUUCCCAAAAUGCCCUCUCCCUUUCUCUAUAAUCCCACCUCUGCCCCUCCUCCCAACCCCGCCGAGUCCUCCUCCUCCUCUUCCUCCGAACCCCCAAACGACGCCGUUCCCGCCUCCUCUUCUCGCUGCUCGGAGAUGUGGCACUACCUCUGGAUCCCCUUCCUGAUUUCUCUCUCCAAGGAGCUCACCGCCGCCAAGGCCCAGUCCGCUCCGCCGAUCCUGCUCCCGAGUCAACUCGACACCUCCGACUCGUCCCCGCAGAGGUGCUCGGCGCCGGACCCCAAGCUCAACUACCGCCCGGUCAUCGGAAUCCUCAGCCACCCCGGCGACGGCGCCUCCGGUCGGCUCAGUAAUGUUACCGGUACUUCGUACAUCGCCGCCUCCUACGUCAAGUUCGUUGAGUCCGCCGGCGCUCGUGUUAUUCCGCUCAUCUAUACCGAGCCGUCUGAUGUUCUCUUUCAGAAGCUUAAUCUGGUCAAUGGCGUACUUUUCACUGGAGGUUGGGCUAAAAAGGGUCGGUACUAUGAAGUUGCCGAGAAGAUUUUUAAGUUUAUUUUAGAAAAGAAUGAUGCUGGUGACCAUUUUCCAUUAUAUGCCAUCUGCUUGGGAUUUGAACUUCUAACAAUGAUUAUCAGCAAGAACACGAAAAUUCUGGAGUCAUUCAGUGCUGCAGAUAUGGCAUCAACUUUACAAUUUACUGAGAAUACAAAUAUUGAGGGAACUGUGUUUCAAAGAUUUCCACCUGAUUUGCUUAGGAAGUUGAGUACAGAUUGUAUUGUCAUGCAAAACCACCAUUAUGGUAUCUCACCAGAGAGGUUGCUAGAGAACAAAGAUUUGUCAAGUUUCUUUAAGAUCUUGACAACCAGUACUGACGAAGAUGAUAAGGUCUAUGUCUCCACAGUACAUGCAUACCAUUAUCCAGUGACUGCCUUCCAAUGGCAUCCGGAGAAAAAUGCUUUUGAAUGGGGGGUACCAACGAUUCCGCACUCAGAAGAUGCAGUUCAAGUGACCCAGCACAUCGCAAACUUUUUGGUCAGCGAGGCAAGGAAGUCAUUAAAUAGGCCACCCAUUCAGGAUGUUCUUGACAAUCUCAUCUACAAUUACAGUCCAACAUUUUGUGGGAAGGCAGGGAAGGGAUACGAUGAAGUGUACCUCUUUCAACCACCUUCACUCGCACAUUUGUAAAUCAAAUCGUAGAUGGAAAUAUGUAAUAAUGUACAAUAAAAUGAAGAAAAAAAAACAUGUAAUUUGCGCUCCAAACAUUUGUGUAUUUAUAAGGCAGUAAAACCUCUCAUUCAUCGAAAACGAUUACACUCGGAACAUAACUGCACUUUAAUUCAAUGGGGUUCGGUGACUA